CGCGAAACGAACGUCAUCAAAAAAUAAAAGUGUUCGAUGCAGCUGUGCUGGCACCAGAGUCGCGAUUCGCCGUAGAAAUUUCGUUUUAGUGCGGAUAUUUACCGUCGGAAUCUACGCCGCCGUCCGGGGGAACGUCGCGGGCUUUCGUGUGUGUGGUUCUGUGUGCGGGUGGAGGACUGUUUCGGGGUCGAAAAGAGUGCAGUUUCAAGAUGGGAAUGAACGUGAGCCGCCAGGUCGACCUGGCUGAAAACGAGUAUCUGAAGCGGUUCGUCGGCAGGGACCAUGUUCCGGCGUACAACGACGACUUUUGGAACAGCUUCUUGCAGUACCACAUCAACUUGCCGACCAAUAGCCAGGAACAGCUCAGCUUGGACUCCCGGCUGGAGUCGCUCUGCCAGAGCUUCAUAGCGCACAAUCUGUCCUCGGGGAACUUUGGCUCGCUGGUGAACGUGUUCCUGGUGAAAGUGUCCGAGCUGUUGGCCCUGUCGGACGCCGAAAGCACCGUUCACAUUUGGCAAGCCUUCAACGCACUGUUCAUCAUCCGCUGUCUGGUGAAGUACAUGAUCGAAACCGGGUCCGAGUACCAGCUGUUGCAGCACUUUGAGGCACUUCCAGUUCAGCAGCAUGACGAUGGUGAGGUGGUGGAACAGGGCAGCGAAGCUGUGACGGUCACGGUCACCGGCGAGACGCGGACGGCGCUGGCCAAGCUGAUUGACGGUACCAAGUUCGAGACGUUCCUGGAGGCGCUCGUCAACAUUAUCGUUGUGAUACCGGUGAAAGAAUUCACAUAUCAUCUUCACCUGGAGGCGGUCAACUGCCUGAUCGUGCUGCUCUCGGUCUCGCAGUUCACCCAGCAGGGCACGGAAAAGUCCACCAUCUUCCGAACAAUCUACAAGUGCCAGCACGCCAACACGCUGAUGAGCGCCCUGCUGCACUUCCUCAGCCGCAUGACCCAAGUCCCAGCGACCAUAUUCGGCUUCGGCAGCGGAGGCUCCUUCGUGUUCGGCAUCGCCGAGUCCCUCUGGUCGAUCCUAACGUUCGCGCGGAAGCAACCGGACGUCCUAACCGCGCACGACCUUCCGGCGGCCUUCAAGGAUCACUACCCGCUAGCGAACCAGAGUCUGCUGUUGAUCCUCAUUCUGACUAACCACUACACCACAAAGGACAAUCCGUACCGGGUGAGCUUGUUUGGGUGUGCGGAUUCGCAGGGCGCGGCGGAUUCUUCCGCCUCCUCGAAGGAGCCGGAACAGGCGGUUACGUUCAAGAUUGACUUUUCGUCGCUGUACAACACGCUGUGCCGUAUCGUGACGAUAGACCAGACGACGCUGCUGCUGUACCUGCUGCUGCACCGGAACCAAAGAUUCUACAAGUACGUGAUGGCGCAGCAAAAUCUGCAGCAGCUGGUGAUACCAAUCCUGCAAACUCUGUACAACGCACCCGACAGCACUUCCCAUCAUAUCUACAUGUCCCUGAUUGUGCUGCUGAUUCUGAGCGAGGACGACAACUUCAACAAGAGUGUCCACGAGAUUAUUCUCAAAAACAUCACGUGGUACACGGAGCGCUCGAUCAGCGAAAUCUCGCUCGGCGGCCUGCUCAUCCUGGUCGUCAUCCGGACCAUCCAGUACAACAUGCUGAAGAUGCGCGACAAGUAUCUGCACACCAACUGUCUGGCGGCACUGGCCAACAUGUCCGGCCAGUUCCGCUCUCUGCAUCCGUACGUGGCCCAGCGACUGGUUAGUCUGUUUGAGACGCUCGCGAAGAAGCACGCCCGCCUUGAUCAGCAGCUGAGGCAACCUGCGGCGGUGGCGGCCAACGGGGAUGCGGCGGCAGUGGUGGCCGUUCCGAUUGUCGCCGGAUCCAAUCCGGACGAUAUGUUGCAGGAUCUGUCCGUGCUGGAGGAGGUGCUGCGGAUGGUGCUGGAGAUUCUCAACUCGUGUCUGUCGCACCAGCUGGUGUACUGUCCGAACCUGGUGUACACGCUGCUGUACAAGCGUAACGUCUUCGAGGCCUUCCGGAGCCUCGGCUUUCAGGAUAUCAUCCAGAAUAUCGAUAUGGUUGUGGGAUUCUUCUCGUCCCGGUUGGUGCGGGUACAGGACCAGCGGGGUGAACUGGGCGUCAACGAGGUGCUCGAGGUGAUAUCCAAGGGCGCGAGUCAGUGGUCCAGCGACCGGUUAAGGAAAUUUCCCGACCUCAAGUUCAAGUACGUCGAGGAGGACGCCCCGGAGGAGUUCUUCAUCCCGUACGUGUGGACGCUCGUUUGCAAGGCCGGCUGUGUGCACUUUAGCUCGGAGUCGAUCCGGGGCGUCACGACGGAAAUCGGCUGUUAACAGCUUCGGCGCUUGCGACGACGACGACGACGAUGACGCUGCUUCCUCUCGAAGCCACUUUGUGAAAGUGAUUCGGAAACAAACAGAACAGUACAGAAUGGAUCUUACCAGAAGAGUUAUAUGAAUUAUAUAAUAUAUUGAAAACGAGCAGUUUGUUUUAGGAGAUUUGCAAAUCGGUAGCAUUCCUUGGCAACUACAAUUGGUUGAUUUUAAAAUGUGUUUUUGUUUCGGUGCAUUUCUUGUCUCUUUCCAAACAAAAAAAGCAUAAUUUUGUCCCGAGUUUCUGUAAAUAAUCCUGUUUCUGAUAUGUAAUCUUUUGUUUCAAAAUGGUAAUUUUAAGUGUUGUUGCAAUAAUUUUCUAAUGUUUCUGUUUAAAAUAAUUUAGUGCGUACGAAAAAUCGUAGACGUCUCUAGAACAGAAAAAGAGCUGUAAACUAAUCUUAUAUUCUUUACUAAAAAAGUGAAAUCCAAACUUGCGAGAAACCUUCAGUAUGACAACAAUGAUUGUAAAAACAAACUUUGAAGAGUAGGAUUUAGUAGGACUAACAUUUAAGCAGAAUCAAAACCCCUUAAAAAA